AUGCGGCUCUCCCUGCUGUUUGCAGCCAGCCUGGCCCUCAGCCUGAUUCAGAGCUCUGAGGCUGUCUAUGAAGAGACACUGGAGCAGGUGGUGCCCAGCGGGGGCCACAGCAAGGACCUGUAUAUCUACCAGCUGCCACCGUCAUUGCUCCGGACACUCUUAGACAGCCACACAGUCUCUCUGGAGUCGUUGCUCAAAGCACUGGGCAAGGCCAGCGUGGGUCCCAAGCAAUCGUCACUUCCCAAGAAACGUAACAUGCAAGACUUCUUUGUGGGACUGAUGGGGAAGAGGAACAUCCAGCUAGACACUCCUACUGAUGUGAACCAAGAGAACGUCCCUGGCUUUGACAACCUCAAGUUUGCCCCUGAUGCAGAGUGA